UGCCGGUAGAUGCAGGACGGACUGUAGAGAAUGUAGCGCCGAUGUUCCCAUCUUAGCUACAUUGUAUCCAGCCAGCAACGAGAAGAGAGCAGACCCGUCCAUAUUACUGCCGCUGUUUCAGAAAACAGGUUCAAGGAGAGGGAGUGAGCACAGGUGCAUGUGUCUGCAGGUCUGAGUGGCAAGACCAGGGAACUGGGCUUGUAACUCAGAGGUCUGGGCACUGUCAUGUACGCUUGAGCAAGCAGGAGUGGUUUCUGUGGUGAUGGACCCUCCUGACGGACGAGACGAGCGUGUGCAGCAGCAGGAGCGUCUGCAACGGGAAGAGGCUUACUACCACUUCAUCAAUGGGCUGAGCGAGGAGGAGUACCGCCUAAUGAGGGACAGCGAUCUACUGGGCACCCCUGGUGAUGUGACCGCAGAAGAGCUGCGGCAGCGUCUGGAUGGAGCGAAGGAACGUCUAUCAUCACAGCCCCACCCUGAGCCACGCCCACAGAGCAGUGAGAUGGGAGAGGAUGACGGGGGCAGUGGGGGUGUGGAGGCAGGCAGGGAGGCCUCCAAUGGUGACUCACUGCUUGAGUGGCUGAACACGUUCCGGCGCACGGGCAACGCCACGCGCAGCGGGCAGAGCGGGAACCAGACCUGGCGUGCUGUCAGCCGCACCAACCCCAACAGCGGCGAGUUCCGCUUCAGCCUGGAGAUCAACAUCAACCAUGAGCAGCCAGAGCCUGGUGACUUAACAGGUGACCCUGUCUCCGCCACGCUCACCCGCUCCACCCACAGCAGGAGGACGCAGGCGCGGCGUGCCCGCAACAGUCACGGCCCUGCUCUGAAUCCACCCCUGACCGUGGCUGAGCCCGAACAGCACAGCACUAGUCUGAGCCGGGUGAUUGCACUGGAUCAUCCCGCAGCCCAGCUGCAUGGUGGCCAGAGCAGUGACGCUCAGUCCCCUCCUCAGGAUACGCAGGAGGGCCUGGGCUGCCCACCCUCAACGCCGGCCCAGCCCGGCGUCCAGAGAGCUCCGCUCCGCAGCAGUAGGACUCGAUCACGGGGUCGGGGCCACAGGAUAGGUGGGGCUCACCGCCGUUCUUCACGACGCAGUCGCUCCCCGCUGCACAGACCCCCAACCCCUGACACUAGCCACGCCAACGUACCCGAGCCCCACGGGCAAGCCCAGGUUGCCAUGGAGAUGGCAGCGGAGCCAGCAGAAGAUGUGGCGCCCUUGACAGAGACAGCCACGGAAGCGGAGACUCAAGCAACGGGCGUCCGACGUCAUCCCACCAUCAUGCUGGAUCUGCAGGUGCGGCGGAUUCGUCCGGGGGAGAACCGAGACCGCGACAGCAUCGCCAGCCGCACCCGCUCCCGUGUCCGCACUGCUGAGAACACCGUCACCUUCGAAAGCGACAGCGGUGGAUUCCGCCGUACCAUUUCCCGGUCGGAGCGUGCCGGCAUUCGCACCUAUGUCAGCACCAUCCGCAUCCCGCUGCGCCGCAUCUCGGAGACCGGCUUGGGCGAGCCCAGCUCCACUGCGCUGCGCUCUAUCCUGCGCCAGAUCAUGACUGGCUUUGGUGAACUCAGUUCCCUUAUGGAGACAGAGGCUGACACUGAGGCCACUGUGCCUGACCCCCCGCAGGCUUACCAUAUUCACAGCAAUGAAGAGGCUGGGCCCCAGGAGCAACUGGAGCGGCGCAGUACAGAAGGCCAAGGUACUGCAGGGGGGAGCGGGGAUGAGGAGCGGACACGUGUGGGUGGGGCUACUGGUGAGGGGCGGGGCACCACCAGGGACACCAACAACCUGGUGGAGAAUGGCACCCUGCCAAUCCUGCGCCUCGCGCACUUCUUCCUCUUAAACGAGGAAGAGGAGGAUGAGCACCCACAUGGCCUGACCAAAGAGCAGAUUGACAAUUUGUCCACUCGCACCUAUGGCCAGGCUAGCUUGGAGGGUGAACUAGGACGCACCUGUAGCGUCUGCAUCAAUGAGUACACCCAAGGCAACAAGCUACGGCGGCUGCCGUGUGCUCAUGAGUUCCACAUCCACUGCAUUGACCGCUGGCUUUCCCAGAACAACACCUGCCCCAUCUGUAGACAGCCCAUUCUGGCCACUGCCCAGGACUGACCCCACCCACCCAGACUGAUAAACCCCUCCCCCCUCCCUGCACCAAAAAGUGGAUGUGGCCUCUGUAAAUAAUGGCUUUGUUUUAAUUCACUCUUAUCUUUAUCCUAUAUAUUGAAUUUAAGGUGAAACCAAGAAACUAGUUGACAGGAGAGGAAAAAAUGGCAACAUUGUCCAGCAGUAAAGCUAUUGUGUUUUAGUCUUUAUGCUUUCAGUUUCCAGCGCAGCACUUUGUCUCUAUAUGGCUUCAGAAAAACUGAUUGUAAACGAAUGCAUCAGCAGCAUCUUCAUAAACUGUAGACUUCACGGCCUCAUACUUGCCUUUCACUGGGGGAAGCGUUCCAAGCCAAACCCAUUUCACUCAAACAACCUCCAGGCCUGGGACCCUGACAGCGACAUGUAAAUACAAAUCACUGCCAAAGCCUGCAGUUUUUAUUUACACUUGCCAUUUGAACACAGGCAAAACUAAACCACUUGUCUGUCCAUCAUCAAGACAUCAGAACAGUUGAAAUGAUGUUAUUUCACCCGGUUGUUUGUGUAUGUGUGUGGCAAAGGGGUCAUGGACCUCCCUGUGUAUAGGAUGGGAUUUUAUGUUGAUUGUUGCUGUUUUUAUGAUUAGGAGGUGACCUGAUGCUGAAAGGACGUGCACUACAUUACUGUCCACCUUCUGCAACUUGCACCUACACACCUCUUUAGUCGUUAUCUCAGUGUAUGUCAUCUCUGCAUUUAUACUAUUCUGUCCCUUAGUUCCCCUAACAAGUCAUGCAUGCAUGAAGGGUGCUAAACAAUGAUUAAUUUUGGUUUGGGGUUUUUUGUGGGUGGGGUGGGAGGCUGGGGAGCACUUGUUUGAGAUGUGAUGAACUUUAUCAAUGUUAGUACAUCUCUGAGGUACAUAAAAUCAUUUUCUGUAAGUAAACCCAAGAAUGUCAUUGCAUUAAAGAGGCACUCCAGUGAUGUAUUGUACAGUGCCCUCCACAAUUAUUCACACCCUUGAUAAAGAUCUACAAAAUUCUAUGAUACAAAUACUGUGCUAUAUUUUCAUUCUCCAAAAUAGGGAAAAUAUACCUUAAUAAUGAUUAAUGGGAAUCAACCAAAAUAACACUUCUCAAGUUAGACAUUAUUUCUGAAAAUCAGUUGUCACAAAUACUGAUACUUUUCAGUGCUUUGUGAACCCUCCCCUCACAAUGAGUAGUAUGUCAUAUUUUGUGGUGUUUUAUGAAAACAGAGAAGUAUUGAGGUGGGAUAUUUGACCAUUCCUCCAUAGAGAACCUUACCAGAUCCAUCUUGUGAACUGCACUGUUCCAUUCACAUAACAUUUUUUGAUUGGGUUCUAAGCCUGGAAGCCAUUGCAAAACAGUAAUUCUGUGGUCAGUUAAGCCUCGGUUCUUGUUUAAUUUUGAGGUUUGCUUCGGUUAAAUGUCUUACUGAGUGAUUCAUGUGUGGCCAAGUUUCAGGUUUUUGGGUAGGGAGAACCAUUUUUGGCCAAAUUAUCUCCUUGCUUACUGGAGCUCAUGAUAUCAGUGAUCUUAAAAAGAGCCCAUGCAAAGCUGAUGCAAACAACCCCGUAAGAUCAAAGAUCCACCACCAUAUUUCACAAGAGGUAGGAUGGUCUUUUCAACAUAAGAGACUUGAUGUUGAAAAAAAAACAUCUUCCAAUGGCAAACAACUCAUGGCCGGUGUGUGUUGGUCUCAUCUGAUUAUAACGCCCUGUUCCAGUCAAAGCUCCAGUGCCAUUAACUCCAGAUGGUUAGCUGAUUGUAGAGGCUUUUUUCAGGCGACUCUUCCAAAAUCCCUGUUGUGUCUGAUGGUCAAUGUGGAGAUCUUCAUAGAUCUCCAAAUGUGGCCCUUGGUUUCGUCUUCAGAAGACCACAGUUGGCCUGUAAAUCUAUCUGUCCCACUGUGCAUGGGGCCAAGAUGCACUUACAUCUUCUGCCAGGCAGGUUUACCGCUGUUCCAAUGGAUUUAAACUUAUUUAUUGAUUGAAUAGUGGAAAGUGGCAUCUUUAGUUAUAUUUACUUGUAACCAUUUCCUGGCCUCUGAAAGUUAAGAAUCCUUUGUCUUGUUUUUUCUGCCUUUCUCCAUGCUGAUGCAUGACACAUGGACUUUAUGUGUUACCUAAUUUUUAUGUGCCAGUGAAACAGGAAGUCAUGGAAGGCCAUCCCUAAGACAGAGAUUAAUUUAAAAAGUAGUAACCAUGUUAAUGCAUAUUCAUUUUUGUUGAAUUUUAUUAAAAAUAUUAAAUGUGUAAAUUGUGAAAUCUUUUUGGAACAUACAGUGGAUUGCAAUGUAUUCACCUCCUCAGAAUACAGCAAGCUACAUAAUGUUUGGGACAAAAACAUACAGACGGGUGACAAAUUAAAGGAGAAACUUGAAUAAAUGAGUGAAGAAACAAAAUGAAUGCAGAUGCUUCCAUACAGGUGCACUGCAUAAUACAGUUUAGUAAUUAACAUAAUAUCGUGCUCUGUGGCAUGUACAGAAAUGCUGAGCAGGCCCAGUGGACCUCGAUUUUGUCUAAGAUGGAAAGAGGAAAACUAUUUAAGUGACUUUGAAUUGGAGGAGUGACUAAAGUGAGAUCUGCAUUUAGAUCUAUGGGAAGGACAUCAGUGAAUGGGGUCGGAAAUUGUGGUUGAAAGCGCACAAGAUGACCAUGAUGCUCGUGAUUAGUCCGAUAUGUAAGGAACAGAAGGGCAACUCUACCUCGGGUGACUGAGAAUGUCAAUGCAGGACGUGAUCAAACUGUGUCAGCAAGAGAGAGGGAUAUUAUAGUAGGGUUGCAGUACAUAAACCCCUCAUUACAAAGAUGAAUGCACAUUUUAGAGUUCAGUGGUGCAAAAACCAUAGGCACUGGUCUACGGAGAUGUGGUGAAAAAAAGUGAUAUGGUCAGAUGAGUCGUGCUUGACAAGUGGGCGAGUGCACGUGUAGCGUAGUCUAAGAGAUUGCUACAUGCCUGAAUGCUUGACCCCUACAGUGAGGGGGUCCAGUGGCUCUGCUGUGCUGUGAGGGGCAUUUUUCUGGAAUGGUUUUGGUCCACUUUGGUCCUCAGAGUGAAGGGUCAUUGCAAAUCAAUACGAAGUUAUUCUGAGUGAUCACCUUUAUCCUGUGAUGAAACAUUUCUGUCGUGAUGGGAGUGGUCCCUUCUAGGAUGAAAAUGCCCCCAUCCACAUGGCAUGAGGGGUUGCUGAAUGGUUUGAUGAGUAUGAAAAUGAUGCGACUCAUAUGCUAUGACCUCAUAUGCAGUCACCAGAUCUCAACUCAGUUGGUAGAUUUUUGGACCGACAUGUUAGAUAGUGCUCUCCACCACAAUCAAAGAGACUUGUAGAAUCUAUGCCAAGGCACAUUGAAGCUGUUUUGGCGGCUUGUGGUAGCCCACCACUUUACUAAGAUGCUUUGUGUUGGUUUCCUCACAAUUUUAGAUUUGUAAUCAAUAAAUUCACAUGUGGUUAAAGUUUAAAACAUGUAGAAAUUACAGCACUUCUUAUACAUAGCCCCCUCCAUUUUAGGGCACCAUAAUGUUUGAUACAUAUAAAUGUUAUGUAAAUGAAAGUAGUCAUUUAGUACACACAUUAUUUACAUGCAAUGACUGCUUGAACUCUGUAACCCAUAGAAAUAACCAAGUGCUGAAUAUCUUCUAUGGUGAUGCUCUGACAGACCUGCACUGCAGCCAUCCUCAGCUUCUGCUUCUUUUGUUGCCUGAAGUUUUCUCUUCAGCAUAUGGAAACUCAUGUUCAAUGAGUUCAGAUCAUGCAAACGACCUGGCCAUUCAAGAACUUAGCAGCUUUGAAAAACUCCUUGUUACUUUUGCAAUAUGUGUGGGAUCAUUGUCUUGCUGUAGGAUGAUGCGUUGUCCACUGAGUUUGGAGGCAUUUUCUUGAGCAGUUAUCAGCAGUUACAUUAUCGAUGGAGAUGUGUGUCAGGGCCUGUGGCAGCCAUACAUGCUUAAACUAUAAUAUCCCUACCACCAUGUUUCACAGAUGACAGGGGUGGUUUUGAUCCUGGGCAGUUCCUUUUGGCCUCCACACUUUGCGCUUGCCAUCACUCUGAUACAAGUGAAUCUUUGUCUCAUCUGUCCAAAAAACAAUUUUUUAUGAACUAUACAGACUCUUUUAGGUACUUAGCAAACUGUAAUCAGAGAAUCCUGUUUUUGCAACUAACUAGUGGUUUGUAUCUUACAGUGUAGCCUCUGUAGUUCCAUUUGUGAAGCAUUCUGCGGACAGUAGCACUGACACAUCAACACCUACCUCCCGAAUAAUGUUUCUGAUCUGUCGGACAUAUUUUUGGGUUUUUGUCUUCAUUAUGGUGAGGAUUCUUCAGUCAUCAACUGUAGAGUUUCUUCUUGGCUUACUAGGCCCUUUGUAAUUACUCAGCUCAACAGUGCUCUCUUCCUUCCUAAUGAUGUUGCAAACAGUUGAUUUGGGUACGCCCAUGCUGAAGGUUUACCCUAUGUUGCUGUCUGUUUUUCUUAUUUCUCAACCUUGUGAUGGCUUCCUUGAUUUACACUGGCACAACUCUGGUCCUCAUGUUGACAAACACCAAUAACAGACUUCAAAGGCAAUCAAAAGCCUAGAUUCACGAAACUAUAGGCUCUCUUAUAACUGCACUAAGAAUGCAAUUGAACAUACCUGACUAAUCAGAAACACCUGUGAAGCCAUUUGUCCCAAACAUUAUGGUGCCCUGAAAUGGGACGGCUAUGUAUAGAAUUGCUGUCAUUUCUAUAUGGUGAAAACAAAGUGUAUAAAAUACCCUUUAAUAAAAGCUGAAAAUCUGUACAUUA